AUGUGUUCAUCAAAUGGCCUAUUAAAAUUAUUUGUUGGUGAUAUUGGUGAUAAUCGUAAAUCAGAUUUAAGUCGUGUAUUUAGUAAAUAUGGUGAAAUUUCAACAAUUUAUGUUGAUGAACAUAAACAUUUUGCUUUUAUUGAAUUUACAUCAUCAACUGAUGCCCAACGUGCUUUACAACGUACAAAUAAUAAAACAGUGAAUGGUUCAAAACUUCGUGUGGAAUAUGCUAAACCAGAUAAAACAUCUCGAGAUAGUCGACGUCCAUUAACUCGAGUACAUUCACCACCAUCAACUUUUUAUGAUCAUUUACAGGUAACUGCAAAUCGUUUACCAACAAUGCAAUCAAUGCGUCAAAAUUAUUAUCAACAUCAUCCAUCAACAAUGAUGUCGAGUUCAACUAUGUCUCGUGGUCGAUCUUUAACACCACCUUCAUUUAAACAAAAUGCUCGUAUAUCAUCAAUGAAUCAUCUACGAUCACAAGAAUUCUAUCCACCAUAUUAUCCACAUCAUCCAGCUGUUUAUAGUGAUCCAGCUUAUUAUCGAGCAGCCUACGGAGAUCCAUAUUUAAUGCAGCGAUUACCACCACCACCACCAACAGCUUUCUUUCCUCCAACAUCACCACCACCAUCAUCAUCAUCAUCUCGUUCUCAUCGAAAUAUGUAUUCAUCAUCCGGUCUUGAUCGUUAUCCUCCAGUCAUGUCUCAUAGACGAUCACAACGAAGUCGAAGUCGUAGUCGACGCAGAACUUCACCGUCACGAAAAACUCGAUCUAGUCGUGAAAGCAAACGAAAACGACGCAUUUCAACAUCAUCUUCACCUAAAAAUCAACGUGAUCGUGGUCCACAAACACCACCUACAUCAUCACAUCGAUCUCGAAAACGAUCUCGGUCUGGUUCAGAUACAGUUGCUUCAACAUCCGAACAAAAAACAUCUUCAACUUCUUCUUCAGAUGAUGAAAAUAAUGAAAUUAAACAAUCAAAUUCUAAAAGAUCAAAAAAUAGUGAAUCAAAUCAAAAACAUUUAAAAAGAAAGACAAGAGAAUAA